AUGAAAAGAUUAACUUUUUAAACCAUAGAGUCCGAAGGGCAAUAAGACGACUUUGGGACAUCUCCUAGCAAAAUAGAAAAUUGGAACAGCUAAUUAAUAAAAAAAUCAAGGGUGAGAACUGAAAUAUCCAUCUAAAAUACAUGUGUUGUAAAAAAACAGAAUUCCAUUGGAGACUUUGAGGAUGAGAUGAACGCUUAAUUAUAACGCUUAAAAGAUGAAAUUAUUUUGAUUAAGUCGAAAUUGUCCAAAUAAAAAUCAGCUAUGGAGAACCUAUCACAUAAAUUACAAAAAAAGGAGGAUGAAAUAGAAUUAUUGGAAGAAAAGUCAACUAAUUUGGCCAGAGAAAUGAGCUAGAUAUUGAGCUAUCUCACCAAUUCCCAAGAAAAUGUUAUCCAAUCUUAAAAAAUACAAAAGCGAUAUAGAAACGAGGGAGUACAGAAAAACUCACUAUAAACCUUUGUUGAUUAGUAUAUGAAGGAAUAUAAUGAAUAAUACACUGAAUUGUGGAAACAUAUCAAUCAAAAGAAAAGAGAACGUUAUCUACUCAAGAUAGAAAAUCAAAUCAAUAUCUAAAAGAAGGUAAAUUUAGAAAAAGAUCUUUAAAAAUUUCUGAUGUAAGAAAAAUAGAAGAAAGAAAGUCUAUUAGAAUACCUCUACAAUUAAUGCAACAUUUCGAAUUAUGGAGGGGCAGCAAUAAUAGAUAUUAUUCGAAAAAUAAAAUAAUUAAACCAAGACUUUGAUCCUUCAAAACUGCCCAAGGAACUCGACGGAUUUGAAAGGCAAUAUCUCCUGAACAAAGUCAAUUUUGAAAGAGCUCGGAAACCAACUAUUACUUUGGAUGAGAGCUACUCAUAAAAACUGAAGAUCAAAAAUACUCAGAGUCCGAUUAAACUGGAUUAUUUAAAAAAAGUGAUUGGAUAUGAUGCUUACUCAUUUAUUCCAAUUUUGAAUGACAAUCCCUUCAAAGAAAUCAACAAGACUAUUAAGAGGAAAAGACCAUAAAGAGUGAAGUCAUUGGAGUAUUGUCAUUAUGCCAAAAAAGACUAUUCUAUGGAUUCUGUCUAAUUCAAAUGA